UGUCCCGGAAGUCAUAAGGCGGGGCUUAAAAGUUUCAUCCACAGCGCGGGAGAUUUCUUCCUGUUCCGUGAAUGUCACGUGUCCCUCUCUGGCGCUGCUAAGCUACGGUUCAGCUAACAGCCAGCAGCCUACAGCCCAGAGAGAGAACCAGACUGUGAGGGUCCAGCACCGGAAGACUAUGGCCGAACAUGAGGAGCAGAGAGCCGCUCCUCUGAACGGCGACACAACCAGGAAGAGGGAAGACUAUCUGGAAUGGCCAGAGUACUUCAUGGCUGUAGCCUUUCUGUCAGCGCAGAGGAGCAAAGACCCAAGCUCACAGGUGGGGGCGUGUAUCGUGAACCAGGAGAACAAGAUAGUUGGCAUUGGUUACAAUGGCAUGCCAAACGGCUGUGACGAUGACCUGCUGCCGUGGUCCCGCUCUGCUGACGACCGUCUGAACACCAAGUACCCUUAUGGGAUCAAUAAAGUGUGUCACGCAGAGCUCAACGCCAUCAUGAACAAGAACAGCGCUGAUGUGAAGGGCUGCUCCAUGUACGUGGCUCUGUUCCCCUGCAACGAGUGUGCCAAGCUGAUCAUCCAGUCUGGUAUUAAGGAAGUGGUCUAUCUUUCUGAUAAGUACCAUGACACACCGGAGAUGACCGCCUCCAGAAGGCUGAUGGGUUUGGCAGGCAUACAAUACAGGCAGUUCAAGCCCAAGAGGACUCAGAUUGUCAUUGAUUUUAAUUCCAUUAACCACGCUGGAAUGCUGAACAGUGCUACCAAGUGAAAAAGCAAAAGGCUCACCUUGGGGAGCUCCUGAAUGAGGCAAGGAAGAAGAGGGAGUCUGACGAAAUUGAAAGGGACUUUGAUGCCUUUUUUCUUGCCCCCAGCUUUGUCCAAAGGAAACCUGAAGGAUACCUCGACUUUGGCAUCUUUUUGAUAUUUUGAUUAACCGGAUACUCAAGAUAGUUUAAUUUGAUGCUCAUCCUUUGUGGAUGUGUGUAGCAGAAGGACUUUCAAUGCUGUUUUCACACUUUCUUCUUUUGAACUCCCUUUGGGUUUGGGCAUACACAAGGACAUACACUUUCUUUAGUGUUUCCUUUCAAAUCUUUAGUGUUGUCAAUCAGAUCUUGUCAUGGCUGCCUGCACAAGGGCAAACCAACAGUCCUUCAGACAAGGUUCCAGAUUAGUAUAAUGUCGCCUUGACAUUCACUCUACUCCACUCUACUGCCAAGUCAAAUAUGAAACCUUAAAGCAAACCUCUAAAAAGGAUUCUCUGCAGCUCCCAGGAGGCUUUGGCAGCAGGCCAAUGAUCUGGUAGCUGUAUUUCCAAUAACAUAUUUUAUUCAAUAACAAAAUAAAACCACUUUUCCAGAUUGCACGGAUAGAUGGAGCUGCUUUGUGCAUGCCCUAAUUAUUCUAAUAUUAACACGGUCCUUCUUUGCUCAUGAGAUCCCAUCUCUUCAAUGAAUGCAUGAAUCUCAACACUGAAUAUGUUAGUGUGCGUUUUUUUUUGUUUUUUUUAAUAUAGUCGGGAUGUAGAGGGAUAUGAAUCUUUGUUUUCUGAAAGAUGUUGCUCUCUUCUUUUAUAACAUGUUUUUUUAAUUUUAAAUGUCUUUCCAUUUUAUAUUGUAACACAAGUCUGCAGAUGCUCUAUAACAAUGUAUUUGUGAUGUUUCUUUCCUGGUACCAAAAAACAUGUCUUUCCUAUGGGUCAUAAUAUUGUAGAUGAAAACUAACAUGCUGUUAACUUUGGAAGCUAAUGUUUGUCUUCAUAACAUUCUGUGUCUGUACCUUCAUUCCUUGUCAGCUCUCAGUUGAAGUAAAUAAAACAUUUGGACGGCAUGAUC